AACUUGAUCGUCUGUUUGAGCAAUUAAUCGGCGAUAAUUCACGACGAUUUUUUCCGUGAGAGACGUGCGAGCGAGGGUCCGAGAGAGAGAGAGAGGCCAUGGCGGAGGUCGCCUCGCACAGGCACAGUGACGAAUCUUCGGAACUAUUGCAGAGACAUGAGGGGAUUCAACAAGGUCAAGUGCAAGAAGAAACUAGAGAAAUCCACGUGGACAUUCCUCUAUCAUUUUCUCAAACAACAGAUUCUCGAAAUUGGCCGACGGUUGAUGGGUCAAUUGGAUUGAAUGAACAAGAGUCUCUCAAAUAUGCUCGGACCUUUUUCAGGGCUGGUUUUUUCUUGCUUCCAUGGCUUUGGGCAGUUAAUUGCUUCUACUUUUUCCCUGUGUUAACAAAAUCGCCUUCAUCAUAUCCUCAAAUUCGACGCUAUGUGGUUGGGUCGGCCAUUGGGUUUGUGUUAUUCACAACUGCUCUAUGCUCGUGGGCAUUCACUUUUGCUAUAGGAGGAGAGCAUCUCUUUGGUUCUGUUUGGGAUCGCCUUGUUAUGUACAAUGUAGCUGGAGAUCUUGGUCUAACAGCAUGGAACUGAUUUCUCAUAUUUAGUAUCCCUCUCAGUAUUUGGUUGCAUGUGGGAUGUUAGGUUGUUCCCAUAUUUAUUUUUGCUAUAGGAGGAGAGCAUCUCUUUGGUCCUGUUAGGGAUCACCUUGUUAUGUAAAAUGUAGCUGAGGAUCUUGGCCUUACAGCAUGGAAUUGAAUUCUGAUAUUUGCUGUAUCCCUCUUAAUAUUUUGGUUGCUGUGUGUGAUGUCAGGAUAUUCCCAAAUUUUAAGGAUUCUGCAUGAAGUUCUUAGUCAUGCCCAUGAAAGACAUGAAUUUCGGAAAAAGCUAUAGAAGCUGUGAAUGCUCAUCUCUCAUUUCUGAAAGAUAAUAAAAUUUCUCUGCAGUGGUAAUGUUUCUCUAGAGUC